CCCUCCCCUCCCGGCUCUUCUCUUCCCGUUGAGGUGGCGGCCGGCCUCGCCUCCUCCUCAGCUCCGUUCUUCCUCUCCUCGCUUCUUCCCUUUUCCCCCCCACCCCCGGGGCCUAGAGCGGCCGGACUUCUCGCUCCCGUCUCUACGGUGGCCUCCGAGCCCCCGCGUGCGCUCCUUUCCCCGCCAUGAAUGAGGAAUACGACGUGAUCGUGCUGGGCACCGGCCUGACGGAAUGUAUCCUGUCGGGGAUAAUGUCAGUAAAUGGAAAGAAGGUUCUUCAUAUGGAUCAGAAUCCAUACUAUGGAGGAGAAAGUGCAUCUAUAACACCGCUGGAAGAUUUAUACAAAAGAUUUAAAUUACCAGGACAACCGCCAGCAUCGAUGGGGAGAGGAAGAGACUGGAAUGUUGACUUAAUUCCCAAGUUCCUUAUGGCCAAUGGUCAGUUGGUGAAGAUGCUGCUUUUCACAGAGGUCACUCGUUAUAUGGACUUCAAAGUGAUUGAGGGAAGCUUUGUCUACAAGGGAGGAAAAAUCUACAAGGUUCCUUCCACUGAAGCAGAAGCCCUGGCAUCUAGCUUAAUGGGACUGUUUGAGAAACGCCGCUUCAGGAAGUUCUUGGUUUAUGUUGCCAACUUUGAUGAAAAAGAUCCUAGAACUUUGGAGGGUGUUGAUCCUAAGAAGACUUCCAUGAGAGAUGUGUAUAAGAAGUUUGAUUUGGGCCAAGAUGUUAUAGACUUUACUGGCCAUUCUCUUGCACUGUACAGAACAGAUGACUACUUAGAUCAGCCGUGUUGUGAAACCAUUAAUAGAAUUAAACUUUACAGCGAGUCUUUGGCAAGAUAUGGUAAAAGCCCAUACCUCUAUCCGCUUUAUGGUCUUGGAGAAUUGCCUCAAGGAUUUGCAAGGUUAAGUGCUAUAUAUGGAGGUACCUACAUGUUGAAUAAACCAAUUGAAGAAAUCAUUGUGCAAAAUGGAAAAGUGGUUGGUGUAAAAUCUGAAGGAGAGAUUGCUCGCUGUAAACAGCUCAUAUGUGAUCCCAGCUAUGUAAAAGACCGGGUUGAAAAAGUGGGCCAGGUAAUCAGAGUGAUCUGUAUUUUGAGCCACCAUGUGAAAAAUGACUCGCAAGCAGUAUGUUGUUAUUUGCUUCUAGAUAUCUAUGUUUGCAUGAUCUCCUUUGCACAUAAUGUGGCAGCACAGGGCAAGUAUAUUGCCAUUGUAAGUACAACUGUGGAGACCAAGGAACCAGAGAAAGAAAUCAGACCGGCUUUGGAGCUCUUGGAACCAAUUGAACAGAAAUUUGUCAGCAUCAGUGACCUCUUUGUACCUAAAGAUUUGGGAACAGAUAGUCAGAUCUUCAUUUCCCGCGCCUAUGAUGCUACCACACACUUUGAGACAACCUGUGAUGACAUUAAAGAUAUCUACAAGAGGAUGACAGGAUCUGAGUUUGACUUUGAAGAAAUGAAACGCAAGAAGAAUGACAUUUAUGGAGAAGACUAACAGCAGUACAUACUAUGUAAUAAUUAGGACAAACUUAAAAUUUGGCAAAUAAUGUAUAUUGAAUGAAAUCAAUAUUGUAAGCCCUGCUUUNAUGAUCAAAAUGGAGAUUGAAGAGUGCUAUACCAGUCAAUACUCCUUUACUUUUCUAAUAUCAUGUAUUAACUUGUUUUCAUGGAAUGGCUAGUCAGAAUUGGUUGGUUCUGUUNAGUUUAACCAGACUGCAUUUUUUUUCUAGUGAAGGAGUUGUUCUAAAAAAUAUUGAUAUCAAUACAGAGAACUUGAUACAGUACUUGUAUCUUUUAAUCAGUGUAGCGAUUGUGUGACCUUGCCCAAGAGCUGGAUCCAUANAAUUUGUGCCAUCCUGAAAAUGGGAGUCUAAAUUGAGUAUCCUUUGGUUUCUGAAGACAUUCAACGUUUUCUCUAUUUUGUUAUGUCAAGUAUUACAGCAGGGCCAAUAGAGGAGAGCCACAUUUUGUUUAUGAGGGUAUAUAACCUUUUAGCCAAACUUCAGACUUAGGGAGUUGGAGGAAGCCAGUNUGUGGUAUUUUAAUGUACAAUAGCUGAGAAAAGGAAAGGAACCUUAAGGUAAAGCAGGUAAAAAUAUAGAAGCACCUUUUANCCCAGGUAUGGCUUCUUCAAUGGACCAAGCUGCAAUUGCAGUAUUGAUUUGACAGAGCCUCAAUUUCAAUGAUGUCUGUUCCAAAAUGGCUCCAAAUGAUUUCUGUACUGCAAAAUAAAGCCAAACUCUGGAAACCA